AUGCGCCUCUUUCUACUGCCAAUAUCGACGCGUCGCUCGCUCAUCUAUUGCGAGAAGCUCCACGACAAAGCACCAGCAGAUCGCUCCAUCUACGACAAAGUCACAAUCAAAGCGAAUGAGACAUGGGUGGCAUGGGAAAAGGACGAGAAGGCGAUAGGCAACUGGAAGAAGAAGGUGACCUUCUACGGCAAUCAGGCCCUUAAGCGGAUUCCCUACGAGGAAUGGGGGCUCAAAACAAUCCCAGCCCUCACGCAAAAGCGCAAGCAGGACAUCAUCGACGGAAAAAUCAAAUAUGAAGUCAUGUUUCCAGGCCUCUAUCUGCCAAAGGAGAGGGUUCCUGGUAUACUGGAAAAGCUGGCCAAGGACAGACAGAACAUGCACCGAAGCAAGCUGAUGUGGAGCGUCAUCAUCAUGCCCUUCACAGCACCUUUCAUGCUGAUACCCGUCAUCCCCAAUCUGCCCUUCUUCUACGUCCUCUACAGGGCCUGGUCGCACUGGAAGGCCUUGACGGGUUCCCAGCACCUCGAGUUCCUCCUCAAACACAACCUCCCCAAGCCUGCCCCAUCCCCGAUUCUGGACGAGGUCUACACAGCAGGCCUCAUGUAUCCGACCCGCGCAAUCUCCCGCGCCGCCCCGAACCCAACCCGUGAACAAGCCAAGUCCGUAUCACAGGUGGUCCACCAACAGACCAACAACGAGACCGAAGACGUCAUGGUCCUGCAGCGCUGGAAUGGCAAGUUGAUCGCCGAGCAGUUCAAGCUACCUGAGAUGGAGGUGGAGAUUGAGAGAGCGGUGGAGCAGGUGGAGAAGAGCAUCAAGACAAAAGAGAAGUUGCUAGAAGAGAAACUCGAGCAGGAAAAGGCUACAGGCAAGAAUGGGGAGCGAGCGAAGGAUGCGCUGCCGGAUCAUAUCCUAGAAAGAAUACACGAGCAAGCGGAGCAUGUUGCUGAGGAGGCGGGAAAGAACAAGGAAGGUGCGGACAAGCCAAGAGAUAAGGCGAGUAGUUAG